AUGCAAGUGACACAGAGAGACCCCGCCGAACCGCUUUGGACGGCGAUAGGGCAAACCUCCAACCAGCUGAUCCUGUACCAUCCACCCUCUCACGCACUCUCUGUCCAGUCCCACGCUCCUUUACCCACUCCUACAGCUGGACCCUCUCGACCCCGCCAGCCCCUAUUAUUGGCAUACGACCCGCCCACGCCCACCCCGCUCGUCCAACUCUGCCCGUACUGCUCCCAAGCCCUUCCAAGCGAUUCUGUUCCCUUGUCUCGAGAUGACUCGACGGCGGACAUAGCAGCUUUAAGUCGGACGCCAUACUUCCGAGUCCUGGAGCGGGCGCAUGAAGGGUCCAUGCCGCCUUCGCCUAGACUGAGGAAUGUGUCGGUCGCGCCAUCAAUGGAGUCUGACGAGGAUGGUGAUCAGGAUGGCGGGCAAGAGGGCGGUACGGGACUGGGAGAAGACGAUGGGGGGAGUCUACCGAGUAAGGGGUACUACGAGCGCUUCUUCAGGGAAGAAAGGAGGUUGGGGAUGGGCGCAGAGGGGACUGUGUUUCUGGCGACGCAUGUGAUAGGGGGAAACGUACUUGGGACAUAUGCUGUCAAGAAGAUAGCAGUGGGAGAGUCUAAGGAGUACCUCAUCCGGAUGCUGCGAGAGGUCAGGCUUCUGGAGACCUUGCGACAUCCGAAUAUCAUCCCGUAUCAUCACUCGUGGAUCGAGCCUACCCAUUUCUCAGCCUUUGGCCCGCCCAUCAACGCCCUCCACGUGCUCAUGAUGUACGCCACCGCCGGCAACCUCGACACCUUCCUGCUCGCCCGUACACAUACCCUGGAUCCCAGCGGACCCGGCCGGACCGCCGCAGAUCUCGGAGAUGCCGACUCGCUCGGUCAACUGCCUAGGGAAGAGCGGAUCAAGGCCUUCAAGAAGCGCCGGGCGAGCGGGGUGGGACGGAAAGAGGAGAACAGGGGAGUGAUGAUGCUGGGAGUGGCGGAGGUAUUGAGGUUAUUUGGGGACGUAGUUGAGGGCCUGGCAUUCCUGCAUAGCAACUCGAUCGUGCAUCUCGAUCUGAAGUGCUCGAAUGUCCUACUCCAUUGGGAGGAGGGAGGGUUGAUACCCAAAGCCUUGAUAUCGGACUUUGGUACAAGCGAAGAGCUUCUCCUCGGCCAGCGACAACGAACCGGACAUACCGGCACCAUGGAGUAUAUGGCUCCAGAGACGCUCGUGGUGGACGCUAAAGGACAAUGGCGUCCGACAGACUCACACGGUGACAUGUGGUCUCUCGGCAUGAUCCUGCACAAGCUCCUGUUCCUGGCCUUGCCGUAUACCGCCACUGCAGACUUUGACGAGCUACAAGCGGAGAUCAUUCGGUAUACUGGCUUCCAACCCUCGCAAGACCUCAUCAACUCGUGUGAGCGCAGACACGUUCCGCGGAGCCUGCUACUACUGCUGUCUAAGCUGGUCUGCGUCAACCCGGACCAGAGGCCGACAGCGGACAAAGUCAGAGCUGCUCUCAAGAAGAUGGUAAGCUGGUCCUUGACAGCUCUUCUUCAAGCGGACGGUCUCACCUGUCCGUUCCUUGCCUCUCCCAGCCGGCACCCGAUCCGGGAUCGAGCGGAUCGCGACGCCGGUACCCACAUCGCUCGGAUCUCAGUCAUGGACCACCGAUCUUUUACGCCUGGUCAGACAGUACCAGACCGAAAUUCGAGCAGCGGUGUUUAUUCUGAAGAUCAUGUCGCUGCAACCGUUCGUCUCGGGUGGCAAGUCCCCGCUGGCGGUGUUCGUUCUGCUUGUAUUGGCGCUUUUUGA